GAUUAUCAAUGCUAUUGCAAGGUGAAGAAGCACAUUUGUACAAUUUCAGUGACUAAUUUAAAAGUUAAUUAUUAAUUUUUGUCAAUUUAAUUACUCUAAGUAAUCAACUUUUGUUUUAAAAGUGUUUAUUAUCGAUUUGAUUCCUUUUUGUCUGUGAAAUGAAAGAAAAGAACAAUGAAGUACAUCUUUCCGAGUCACUUAAUGGAUCUAACGGAGGUGAAGAACAGUUAGACGAAAAAUCUGAUAUUUGCAGCAAAACAUUAACAAAAACUUCGUCACCGGCAUGCCAAGAUUCGUUAAAGGAUAAUCAACUUGUAUCAACUGAGAAAGAUGAGAAAGAAAAAACCGGAGAGUCCAAAUCAGAUCAAGAAUUCAUUUUCAUUCACGACACGUGCUUCAAUGUUACCAUCUCAUCUCCCGGGAAGAAACCUUUCGAUAUUCAAGUCAGUCCGAUGGAAAUGGUGCAAGAAAUUCAUCAUUUAUUGAUGGAUAGAGAAGAUACAUGUCAUCGUACUUGUUUUUCUUUGCAAUUGGAUGGCAAUACUUUAGAUAAUUUUGCAGAGCUGAAAAAUGUUGAAGGUCUGAAAGAAGGGUCGGUACUUGAAGUGGUUAAACAGCCAUAUACAGUUCGUGAAGCACGGAUUCAUAUAAGACAUAUUCGGGACCUUCUCAAGUCACUAGACACAGCAGACGCAUACAAUGGAUUAGAAUGCAAUUCUCUAUCUUUCCUCAAUAUAAUAGCUCAAGGAGAUAUAUUCGAAAAGAAGAAAGGUGUUAGGCCUGAUUCUGUCGAUUGUACUCCUCCUGACUUUAUCUUACCAGGCAAUAAAGAUCGACCAUUGUUGGCCUUACAACCUCAAGCCAAGGAACAAAAAGGUCCUCAAGCAUUGAAGGUUAUGACCACAAGUGGAUGGAAUCCUCCACCAGGAUGGAGAAAACUUCAAGGAGAUAUUCUUUACCUUUAUGUAGUCACACUAGAAGAUAAGCGAUACCACAUAACAGCUUCAACUCAUGGUUUUUUUGUUAACCAAUCCACUGAGGAAGUUUUCAAUCCAAAACCUGUUUCACCAAAAGUUAUUUACCAUUCAUUAAUAGACUUAUUAGAUCAUCUCAGCCCUCUUUUUAAGAAAAAUUUCAUCCAAAUUCAAAAAAAGAAACAUCAGAAGCAUUUAUUCGAACGUGUAGCAACACCCUAUCAAAUGUAUUCUUGGACCGCUCCAUUCUUGGAACAUACUGUAGAUUAUAUUAGAGCUGAGGAUGCAUUUUCAUCUAAACUUGGUUAUGAAGAGCACAUACCUGGUCAAACUCGAGAUUGGAAUGAAGAGUUACAGACAACGAGGGAGCUUCCCCGAAAAACACUGCCCGAAAGACUUUUACGUGAACGUGCCAUAUUCAAAGUUCACAGUGAUUUUGUUGCUGCAGCUACCCGAGGGGCUAUGGCCGUGAUUGAUGGCAAUGUAAUGGCAAUAAAUCCCGGUGAAGAUCCUAAAAUGCAAAUGUUUAUAUGGAAUAAUAUUUUCUUUAGUCUUGGAUUUGAUGUUCGUGAUCAUUAUAAAGAACUCGGUGGUGAUGCAGCAGCUUAUGUUGCUCCUAAUAACGAUUUACAAGGAGUAAAAGCUUACAGUGCUGUCGAUGUUGAAGGAUUACACACUUUAGGCACUGUUGUGAUAGAUUAUAGAGGCCAUAGAGUUACUGCUCAAAGCAUUAUACCCGGUAUUCUAGAACGUGAGCAAGAGCAAUCUGUAGUUUAUGGUUCAGUUGAUUUCGGUAAAACUGUAGUUACUCAUCCAAAGUAUUUAGAGUUACUUGGUAAAGCCGGACAGGUACUAAAGAUUGUACCACAUAAAGUUCUUAAUGAAAAAGACGAAGAAGUUGAAAUAUGUUCAUCCGUGGAGUGUAAAGGAAUAAUUGGCAACGAUGGUCGUCAUUACAUUCUUGAUUUGCUCAGAACUUUUCCACCUGACGUUAACUUUUUCCCCUUGUCAUUGGAUGAGUAUAGUGACGACGUAAAAAGCAUGGGAUAUCCUAGAAGCCAUCGGCAUAAACUGUGUUGUCUGCGACAAGAGCUUGUCGACGCUUUUGUUGAGGCAAAGUAUAUGAUGUUCAUCAAAUUGGCAGCUUAUCAUCUUCAGCAAUCUGGUCUCAAGCGACUAAAGGAAAACGCUUCAUAUACUAAUGGUGAUGCAACGAACAAUGAAGCUAGUGAUGUUGAUCAAGUCAAAAAUGAUGCCAAAGGUGAUCAAUUAAAAUUACAUAAUGGAGAAGCUCACGAUUUGAAAGUGGAAAUCGAAAUUGAAAAAGACGAGGAUAAACAAAAAUCUGAAAAUUCGGACGACACUAAAAAGUUUAACGACAUUAAAAAAAUGGAUAUUUUUGAUAAGGGUGAUGAAUUAACAUCAACAACUCAUUCUUCAAGCAAGUCAAAAAGUGAUUUUGACAAUCUUACACUUCCGUCCUCUCCUAGUGAGCAACUGAAGAACAGUACAUCUUCAGCAUCAAAUGAUUAUCCAUUAACCGAGGAAAAUAAUAAUAAAACUUCCUCUGGAACGAAUAAUGAAGAUAUAUCAAAAAUUCUGGAGAAUAUUACCGCAGGAGGCGAAAAGAAUGGCGAAGAGACAACCCAAGAGAUCGUUUGUAAGGCAGCUAAAGCUGUCAAAUCUCUUAAAGAGAAUGAAUUCGAUAUCAGAUUCAACCCUGAUGUAUAUUCACCAACUGUGAGACACGUUAGUGAAGAAGGUGAUGAAUUAAAAAACCAACGGCAACUAGUCAAAGAUGCUGCCGAGUUCCUGCUCACUGUCCAGAUCUCAACUUUCAUACGAGAUUGUUUGGAAAAUACGACCGCACCUUUUGAUGGGGUCACGUUAGCUGAAGCUUUACAUGCAAGAGGUAUAAAUAUUAGAUAUUUAGGAACUAUAUCAAAGAAAUUAGAAAAAUUUAAUCAACUCCAGUACCUGCAGACUAUCGUUGUCACUGAUCUUCUUUGUCGGUCAGCAAAGCACAUUUAUACAAGCUACCUGCAAGAAGUCGACAUGAUGAAUGCAGCAUCUGCCAUUGCCCAUUUCUUAAAUUGUUUCCUAUCAUCAUGCCAAUCAUAUGCCAAUAAAGAAGAAAAACCUGCCAAAAGAAAGGGAAAGAAGAGAGGAAAUGGUCGUCAAAACUCUCUUCUCAGCCAGUAUUCAAAUGAAUGGUCAUCUUUGACACCGAAAUCAUUAUUUGACAGUCUAUUGACUGAGCUUGAAUCCUAUUAUGGAUGGGAAACUGAGGCGACCUCAAUUGAUCAAUUAAUAAGCCUGUUUAAUUUACAAAAAGUGUCCAUUCUUCGAUCAUUUUGCAUGAAAACUGGCAUUCAAAUUUUACUUCGUGAAUACAACAUGGAUUCUCGAAAUAAAUCUUCAUUCACUGAGGAUGAUAUUCUGAAUGUUUUCCCAGUUGUAAAACAUAUUAAUCCACGUGCUAGUGAUGCUUACAAUUUCUACACUACUGGGCAAACAAAGAUCCAGCAAGGAUAUCUCAAAGAAGGAUAUGAGCUGAUUAGUGAGGCUUUAAAUUUGCUUAACAAUGUUUAUGGAGCAAUGCAUCCUGAAAUCGCACAAUGUUUACGAAUGCUUGCUCGGUUAAACUAUAUUAUGGGUGACCAUAGUGAAGCAAUGGCCUGUCAGCAAAAAGCUGUGUUGAUGAGCGAAAAAGUUAACGGAGUUGAUCAUCCCUCUACAAUCACUGAAUAUUCAAACUUAGCUCUUUACUGUUUUGCUAACUCUCAGGUUACAAUUGCACUAAAACUUUUAUAUCGUGCUCGUUACCUUUGUCUCCUUGUUUGUGGAGAAGAUCAUCCAGAAAUAGCCAUUUUAGAUAGCAAUAUUGGAUUAAUAUUACAUUCAGUCGGAGAGUAUGAACUAUCAUUGAGAUUCUUGACUAAUGCAUUGGACCUAAAUAUCCGAUUCUCGGGUAAAAAGAGUUUAAAAGUUGCCUUGAGCUAUCAUUUAGUAGCUCGAACUCAAUCAUGUAUCGGUGACUUUAGAGGUGCUCUUCAAAAUGAACGAGAAACAUGGGCGAUUUAUAAACUUCAAUUGGGUGAUAAUCAUGAAAAAACUAAAGAAAGCUCUGAAUGUUUACGACAUUUGACUCAACAAGCUGUUUUAUGGCAAAAGAGAAUGAAUGAAAUUUACAAGGGAGAUUCACCACCCAUGAUACCUCCAAUUCAAAUUCAGCCUCCAUUCAUCAGUUCAGUCCUCGAGACACUUAACAUUAUCAACGGGAUCAUCAUCUUUGGAACUGUCAAACCUCAAACUUCAUAUUUUGACCAGGAAACUGAUUAAUUGUAGCGUUUAAAGAACCAGUUCAAAUUUUUGCUCACCAAACGUGCUCCUAGUUAAUUAAUAAAUUUGUAUCUAGUUGAUUAGUGAUUGUUAAAUAAAAUUAGUAUUUUGUUCAUUAA